CUAAGACUCUGAACGCCUUUGACCUCCGUAGCGCUCGCACUGGCGGGACCUGCGACCCGGCAACGCCUGUCCCACUGCAGCCUGGGGGUUGUAGUCCUCCCACGAGCCGUAACCACCCAGGUGCCAGGCGGGCUCCCAAAGGGCCAGGACUACAAUUCCCAGAAGUCCUCGAGGCCUCGGCGCCGCAGAGAUGCACCGCCCACCGAGCGCCGCGGGGUCGCGCUGCACUGCCUGCGGCGCAGCGGAGGAGGACCCGUCACGUCUGCGGAGUGGUGGAAUCUUCCGCACUUCAGUCCUCUGCAGGGUGACCAUGUCGAGACCUCGGAAGAGGCUGGCUGGGACUUCUGGUUCAGACAAGGGACUAUCAGGAAAACGCACCAAAACUGAGAACUCAGGUGAGGCAUUAGCUAAAGUGGAGGACUCCAACCCUCAGAAGACUUCAGCCACUAAAAACUGUUUGAAGAAUCUAAGCAGCCACUGGCUGAUGAAGUCAGAGCCAGAGAGCCGACUAGAGAAAGGUGUAGAUGUGAAGUUCAGCAUUGAGGAUCUCAAAGCACAGCCCAAACAGACAACAUGCUGGGACGGUGUUCGUAACUACCAGGCUCGGAACUUCCUUAGAGCCAUGAAGCUAGGAGAAGCAGCCUUCUUCUAUCAUAGCAACUGCAAAGAGCCAGGCAUCGCAGGACUCAUGAAGAUCGUGAAAGAGGCUUACCCAGACCACACACAGUUUGAGAAAAACAAUCCCCAUUAUGACCCAUCUAGCAAAGAGGACAACCCUAAGUGGUCCAUGGUGGAUGUACAGUUUGUUCGGAUGAUGAAGCGUUUCAUUCCCCUGGCUGAGCUCAAAUCCUAUCAUCAAGCUCACAAAGCUACUGGUGGCCCCUUAAAAAAUAUGGUUCUCUUCACUCGCCAGAGAUUAUCAAUCCAGCCCCUGACCCAAGAAGAGUUUGAUUUUGUUUUGAGCCUGGAGGAAAAAGAACCAAGUUAACUGAGAUACUGCUGCUGGAAUGGGCAAGACAUUGCUCCAAAGUCAAGCUUUUUUCAGACAAAAGAAGGUGUGAGGGGGCUUGCUUGGUAUGCUCACCUGGGCUUGUGUACCUCAGUGGUUUUUGUGUACUUUUUUCAAUAAAAUAUCAAAGUUGAAGAA